GCAGAAUUGGAUAUGGAUGAACCGACGCCAAGCCAAGAGCAAGUUGAAAAUGAAAAAGAAGAAGCCAAAUCUCAGACAUUAGUUGUUGAAGAGCAAAAAGCUACAGAAGAAGAAGUGAAAGAGAAACCAAUUGAAGAAAUUCAAGUUGAAGAUGCGGGAGAUUUAGAACAAGCUCUAGAGGUUCGAGAAAUUCAAGAUGAAGAAGUCCUAUUCCAAGAAGGCAAUUUAAACGCAUCUGAAACUGCUAUCCUAAAAGAACCAAAAGACCUCCUCGAAACCAGCAUGACUAUGUUAGCAGAAGACGAGUUGGACAAAAUCGAUUCUGGUACCAGUCAGGCGCAUCCUUUGGACGAGCUUACCGAUCAACAACUGAUUGAACUAGUUGAAGAAAUGGAAACCGAGAAUCGGCAUUUGUACUUGGAGAAUAUUUUGUUCGAGUCUUUUUUGAAAGAGCACGAUCCUUCCUCGUUAGACGGCUUCGAGGAAAUAAUUAAUUUUUUAUUGAGGAAGCCUUCUACGUCUCCCACGCGCGUUUCGACUGGUGUUUCUUUGGACAGAGACAGAGGUUCUGGUUCUAAGGAAAAAUAUCGUUUAGAUUCCUAUACAAGUAUUACGUCUAUAGCGGAAGGUAAAGGGCCAAAAAUCAACCUGUCGCAAAAAACUGAAAUGCUAUUGAGAGCAAUGGAAGAAAGUCACAUAGCUCUGGAGAGUUUUUUGAAGAAAUGUCAUGCCACCAAAAGGAACCUUAAGGCCGAAUUGGAAGAGUUUAGCAUAAGAGAAGCCGAAAUUAAAGAAGCCACAGAAAUAUUCGAAUACAGCGUAGUGACUCAAGGCAUUGAUAAGUUAACUCAGCGAAUACCUGCAGAAAAAUUCAUAAGAUAUAUGGAGGAAUGGUUGAAAAGUGCACAAUUGCAAAUAGAAAAAUUGCGUCUAAAAAUUGCUACGUUAAAAGUGCAAUAUAAAAAAGUGUCGCAACAAUUAAUACAGAGACAAGAGUUAGGGGAAAAUGUCCAUGCAGUUGAUUUCGAUCAAUUGGAAAUCGAAAACAAACAUUUCCUAGAAAGAAUCAACCAAAAAAAUGUCCAUUUAGUCGAACUGAAAAAGAUGAACGGCAAAGCCAAUUUAGUUUUAAGCAAUCAUAAAAAAUUCCUACAAAAACAACAAGACGAUUGCAACAAAUUGAAAAUUCAAAUACGAGAAAAAAAUAAACUCAUCGAAAGAACUGAAAAAGAAUGCGAAGCUGCCGAGAGAGAACUACAACUGGAAAUGGACAAGUAUGACCAUUGCAGACGUUUGAAAAACGAAUACACGGUACCGGAUGUGAUGCAAUACGUACGAUUAAAAGACCAACUGUUCGAUAUAAAAAAAAACAUCAAAAUUUGGACUAGGAGAAAUAAAAUACAGGAAAUUGCUUUGAGCACCUGCAUAAGGGAAUUGAAAGGGCUUAUGGGGAUGAAAGAAAUCGAUCCGAAAUGGUUCGAAGAAAUCGAAUCUGUUGAAGGAUCAACGUCCGAUGACUAAAACCUCAAAUUCUUAUAUUUGUUUAUCGCUAUUGAUACCGUUUUAAUAUUAUACCAUUUUUUAUAUAUUUCUAAUAAAUUGGCGAGAUUCAACAAUAAAUACAGCAUUGAG